CCUAAGUUCCCUUAAGGCCCUUACACCGGGGCGAAGAUCACCAAUUCAGGGAGGCUCUUCGAUCUUCGAAUUUGUCUCUCUGAACUUUGGCCCCCCCGGGCAAAGCCAUGUGUGUCGCGACGGUGGCGGAAUCUUCCUUACUUUCUACCUUCCAACUAAACGACGCGCGCCGUGGACGGCCUCCUUAUGUAUGCUAAGACGUCAUGGACGGGUCCGUCGUCAUGUCGGACGACCAACUUGAUCCCCCAGCCCGGAUCUUCGAACGGCUCCGACAGCUAGGCGGCUUUACAUGGGAUGAAUCUCGAAGGCCUUUCCAUUCGAGUUAUGACAACUGGCACAUCUAUGGUACAAGAUUUAUAUCGCCAUAUUCAACGACAACUACCACGACAACAUCCCCCUUGCAAAACCUAGGUAGCCCACCGGCGAUCGCCAAAUUUGUCCCUAGUCGCGCGACGGCCGCCGACCUCCAUCUUGGCUUCAUCUCUCCAAGUGAAGCCAGUAGCGAACGUUCAUCGACUUCCCCGCCUGCUUUCUCCAGUCUAGCCACCGACCUUUCCAACGUCGAGGAACAACAGAUAGUCGCGCGUGUAUCUUAUCACGUCCUCCGCGAAGAAAGAACAUUUCACAUAGCGAAAAACCUGAUCGCCACCGCCGACCCGGAAGGAAUACAUAAUGUGAAGCCCAUCGACCUUAUCCGCCUCAGCCCACAACCGGGCGAUCGUGCGCCUAUAAUAGUAGCUAUUUAUGAACAUCCUGGGGAAAAUUAUCUCUUCAAGGCCUUGGAUUUGGGACCCGCUUUCUACUAUGCUAGGAAAAUCGAGGACCGAUUCGAAGCCUAUCGCCGAGUUGACUUCUCUCUAGAACCGCCCAUUAGUCUAUUGCAUUUCCUCGAUUUUGCUAUCGGCGCUACCCAGUGUCUGGAGAUUUUACACCAUGGCCAUGGUAUGGUUCAUGGAGAAGUAAGAGCGGAUGCGUUCCAUUUUAACAUAGAAACAAAUAAGGUAAAGCUGAUAUCCUUUGGCUCGGGUGUGAGGUCCUUCGAACAUGGACUCACUAGCACUGGAUGGUCAACACUCUCCAAAGAACUUGGCGCAAAGAACAAAUUGGUUUACAUCAGCCCCGAACAAACAGGUCGCAUGCCGGCAGAGCCUGAUACGAGGACUGACAUUUAUUCUCUAGGUGUAUUGUUCUGGAUGCUUCUAACACAACAACCCGCCUUCACGGGAACCUCACCAUUAGAUAUCGUCCAAUGUGUUCUUAGUCGCCGCAUUCCCUUGGUAUCCAAUAUUCGGACGGAUAUACCUGAAGUGCUGGGUCGCGUUAUACAGAAAUGCACGGCCAAAAACGUUUCUGAACGUUAUCACUCAGCUAGUGGUCUACGCUAUGACUUACAGAUGAUUCAAAAAUUCUUAGGAAAUGGUGACUGGACGGCGCUGAAGGAGUGGCGCAUUGCUUCAAAAGAUAUUUCGUCAUUUUUCAUGUUACCCACGGCUAUGAUCGGACGUCAGAAAGAACACAAUGAGCUCAUAAAAGUCAUCGAGAGAGUUGCAAGAGGCCACGCUAUCGCGAGUCUCGGGGCUACCAAUCGAUUUUCGGAUGGCUCGGCCUUAUCAAAUGACCUUGUCGACGCCGCCGAUGUUUCAAGCGAGGGCGCUAGCUCUGUCGAAGGGGGUGUUCGACGAAGCGGUUCAUUCACCCAAACUAAUAUCUCAGAACCAAAGCAAUUGAGAAGCGGCGUUCCUUCCUCAGUGAAUGGGACGGACGCCCAAACAAUUUCCGGCGAUACUAUCUCAUCAAAUCAGUCAGCUAGGUUAUCCAAGCCAUGGGACAGGCAUCAAUCAGUCUCUCUUGAGCCAAAAUCCGUCCUCGACACCUUGGGUGAACGUCAAUCUUCUUCGCGACAUAGCGGUACAGAAACAUCUACUAGCCUUUCAAGACAACUGGGAUCAGCGAAAUUUCGAAGACGCGGCCAUUGCGAGGUCAUCACUAUUGAGGGUGCAGGAGGCUUAGGGAAGAGUUUCCUGGUCCAACAAGUGUUGGCUGAUGCUAGGCGCAGGGGUUAUUGCGCAACAGCAAAAUUCGAUACGGCUAGGAGAACCGCAUUUGGGCCACUUCUGAAGCUUGUGUCUUCUCUUUUCAAACAAGUAUGGGGAGAAAGUAACACGGAGACGCCUUUCCACCGAGCCUUAAAAGACUAUGUUCGUCCAAUCUGGCCAGUGCUUCACAAUUUACUUGGACUGCCUGAGUUUCUCCUCGGCUCUCAAGAACAGCCAUCAUUAUUUCCCCCAUCCCAAAGUUCGACAAGCGUUCGGGUCAGUAGGGUUUCAGCACAUAGACGUAGCUCAUCUCCUGUGAGCUCACCGGGCAAGCCACGCCCCCAAAGUCCGCGAGUGACAUCGCAGAGUUCCCAAGAAUUUCUACGGGGCGGCGUGUCUACAAAAACAAUUCGCUUGAUGAACACAUUCUUGGAUUUGCUGAGAAUAUUUACAACCCACCACUUCGUAUGUUUGUGUCUCGAUGAUCUCCAAUUUGCGGACUCAGAGUCUCUAGAGUUGAUCACUCAAGUGAUCUCAGCUCGACUCAAAAUGGUACUAAUAAUAACUUACCGGCCCGAAGAGAUGUCGCCUGAUAAGGUCCAAAAGAUUCUCCAGCCGGCGGAGACUGACGAACAUCCCAAAUCCGGCGGCCCAAGGAUCACUAGAGUUGCCUUGUCACCUCUGACGGAAAAUGAAAUAUUGCAAUAUGUGGCAUCGACAUUAUGUCGGCCUGAAGAGGAUGUUGCCUCCUUGGCCCUCGUAAUUCAAUCAAAGACCGCAGGCAAUCCUUUCUAUAUGAGGGAGAUGUUAAGUGCUUGCUUCCGCAAGAAAUGUAUAUGGUACGAUUAUAAAGAAAAUAGGUGGCUGUUCGACCUAGACUGGCUCUUCGAACAAUUCAAAGGCGAAGAUAAUUAUGACGUCUUGAAUACCGACUUCAUAACACGGAGGCUGAACGAGCUCCCACCGGCAUCACGAGCUAUUCUAGCAUGGGCGGCCCUUCUAGGAAGUUCAUUCUCGUUUGAGCUAAUAUGUCAACUCCUGAGCGGCGAAUACGAUCUUGUUGACGGCGAAGACCAAGAGCUAAGUGAGGUUCUCUAUCGCACCAGAUAUACAAAACAGGCGGCCGUAGCAGGAUUACAAGCGGCAAUCAACGCCUGUAUUAUCGUGCAGGGCGAGACUGAUGAUCGAUUUCGUUUUGCCCAUGAUAGAUACGUCCAAGCAGCGUCAUCCUUGAAGGAGUGCAACAAUUCUCAAAUGCACUUCGCCAUUGCACAGACCCUCCUAAAACAUCACGGGUCUGAAGUCAAGACACGAGAUAACACCGCAUCGCAUAUCACAGAAGCGGUGGACAUUAUCAGGCGAAAAGUCCAUAUUCGCCAGCCUUAUAGAAAACACCUAAUGGAGUGCGCGGCGUUAGCCGUAGAGAACAGCGCAAGACCCACAGCCGCCAAAUAUUACCAUAGCGCCAUCAUGCUCCUGCAGCCUGAUCCAUGGACGGACGGCCUAGAGGAUGUGGACUAUGAAGAAACCCUUAAGCUUCAUUUGCGUACGGCGGAAUGCUAUAUUUAUAUGGGCAGCAAUGCCUCGGCUCAUAGUAUUGCGAGUACCAUUUUGCAGAGUGCCAAAUCCGCCGAGGACAAAGCCCCAGCCUGGCUUCUUGAGGCCCGUGUCCAUGCUCAAAAUGGGAACGCAGAGGAGGCGCUUAGUGUGCUCAAAGAGAGCUUGUCUCAAUUGAAGGUGGAAAUUGACACGCACCCUACCUUUGAGAAAUGUGAUGCGACAUUUAUGAAUCUAGCCGCCAAAAUAAAGGUUAUGGAUCGGACGGAGAUUAUAAGCCCUACCGGUUUCAUUGAUUCUCAUCAGAUGACGGUCGGGGCCAUUCUCACGGAUGCCAUCAGUGCUGCUUGGUGGAGCGACACUUUGGAGUUCUAUAACCUCGCCCUUGCACAUAUCACUCUCGCUUUAACACAAGGGCACUUCCCUUAUUCCAGUUCCGCCUUUUUAUAUGUCGCCAUGAUCGCGUUAUCUAGGUUCAACAUGGUCGAGUUCGCCGCGGAGCUUGGUACCCAAUGCCUAGAAAUUCUAGAGCGGUCCCGCGAUCCGUUCUCCUCUGCCCGUGGUUAUAUGACAUACGCCAGUUUUGUGAGCCACAUUCAGGUUCCUAUUAACAUUUGCGUGACAUAUGCCGAUCAAUCUGUUGAGUACGCCUCUAGCUCUGGUGACCGCCUGACUGUUAUUCUUAGCUUUGGACUUUCAACCCAACUAAAGUUCUUCGCGAGCGAAAACGUUGCCUAUCUAGAAUCAAUCUGUCAAUACUGUUGCGAGGAAGUCCCAGGCUGGCACCAGGAUACUCGGGGCGGGACUUAUUUAAUAGCGGUUAGACAAAUAUGUCGAGCGCUACAAGGAAAAACAAAUGUAACAAGCGCCGAAGCAGUGAUGACCGACGACCAGCAUAAUUCGAACGCAUAUAAGACGUGGCUCAAUAUCCAAACACGGAAUGGCGGUCGGUCGGUCCUAAUCUACGAGGCGAUGGAAAUCAUUGCGCUAUAUCUGUAUGGUCACUACGAAGCAGCGUGCGAAAUGGGGCGAAGGUGUUUGGAUAAGCUGGAUCUUCUUUGGUCCUCGCGGAGUACUCGGGCCGUCUUAGUCUCCUACGGCCUUGCCCUUGCAGGUCUCAUGCAACGCAAGCUUAAUGAUCCGCGGACAGACGCUACCGACUCGAAGGACGAAGUUCAUGACACCAUUACACAGCUUGAAGACUUAAACAAGAAAAUAAAGGACUGGCAGGUUGUUUCCAACGCCAAUUAUCUUUCAUGGUCAAAAUGGUUAGAUGCUCAGAUCGCAGAACUUCGUAAUGACCACGGUUGUGCUAUACGACAUUAUGAAACGGCAUUAGACCACGCGUCAGAGUUCAGCCUUCUCUUCGAGGAAGCUCUCGGUAAUUUCUUGAUGGCUGGUUUCUUCGUUAGACAAUCAGCGAGGAGGUCAGCAACAGCAGGGUUGAGAGAGUCGGUUGCGCUUUGGAGACAACUGGGAGCCACCGGGAUCGCACAACGCAUCGAGGAAGAUCACGCAUUUUUACUUCAUAGUCCUACCCGCCAUGCAAGAACCGCCGAAGUAGCUGUCCAGACCGAUUUUGCUGGUGACUCCGCUUCCGUCACUUAUGCCGCAGAUAAUGAAGAUGUUCCACAAUCAGUACAGGCUGUGAAUGCCGAAACAAAAGAAACACGAAUGGCGGCUUGGCGUGGUUCUACACAACCUGAAGCCGGGGCUGGUUUGCCCGCUCUUGACAUGAUCGACCUUCAUGCUAUCUUGGUUUCAUCCCAAGUUAUCUCAUCCGUCUUACAAGUUGACGUCCUACUAAAGACGAUGUGCGAUGUGAUUCUUCAAACAUGCGGUGGAUCCGCAACUCAGGCCGCAAUUAUCGUCCAAGAUGAAGAUGAUGUGGAAGACAAUUGGUGUAUCGCAGCAAGCGGGGAUUCGGAAAGAGGCGCCACGGCACAUAUCCCUGGGCAACAAUUAGUUGGUACAUCAUUAGUCGCUCAAAACGUAGUUUUAUACUGCGCCCGAUUUCGCGAACCCGUCUUCAUUCCGGACCUCAUUAGCGAUGAAAGAUUCGGGAAUGUUAGUGAGUCCUGGUUGCAGAGCAACUCCCUAAGCAAGGCCAUCAUCGCAAUCCCCAUUUGUCAUGGAGGGAAGCCGCUCCUGGGUGUUCUCUACCUAGAGGGCGAGCCAGGGUCCUUCACAGACAGGAACGUUACCGUGUUGCAGUUACUUGUAAACCAAAUCGGCAUCAGCUAUUCCAAUGCCCUCUCGAUGAAAGCAGUUGAGAAAGUAUCCAAGGAAAACGAGGCAAUGGUUCGGAUACAGAAAAAAGCGGUCGCUCAAGCUCGAGACGCGGAAGCCAAGGCAAAACACGCGGAAGCUGAGGCCAAACGUAAUGUCAAAAUCGCUGAGGAAGCAGCCAAGGCUAAGAGUAUCUUCCUCGCAAAUGUAUCCCACGAGCUUCGAACACCAUUGAACGGUGUAAUUGGCAACUCUGAGCUCUUAAGAGACAGCAACCUCAACAAGGAGCAGUUUGAGAUGGCUGAGUCGAUCCGAGUAUCGGCGGACCUCCUCCUCGCGGUUAUCAACGACAUCCUUGAUUUCUCCAAGAUGGAAGCGGAUAAGAUGAAGCUCUAUAUUACUGCUUUCAACCCGGAAGAGAUGGUCCGCGAAGUUGUUCGAGCCGUCUCCUACAGCAAUCAAGAUAAGACAUCGAAAAACGUCAAGGUUAUUCAAGAUAUAAAUCUUCCUCCCAUGUUGAUAUACGGAGAUCCUAUUCGUUUACACCAAGUCCUUGGUAAUCUCAUUAGCAACAGUAUCAAGUUCACCGAACGAGGUUCUAUUACCAUUGGUGCUAGAGUUGACUCCAAUACUUCCGAAAGGGCGAAAUUGACUUUCUGGGUUGAGGAUACGGGUAUUGGCAUUCCGGACAAGCAGCUGACGAAACUCUUCACACCAUUCAGCCAAGCCGACGCCAGUACCGCUCGCAAAUAUGGUGGCAGUGGACUCGGCCUUAGCAUCUGCAAAUCGCUUAUUGAAAACAUGAUGGACGGCGAGAUUCAAUUGGAUAGUAGGGAGCAUGAGGGUACGACGGCUUGGUUCAGCGUCACGUUCGAUAAGGCAUUACCUGAGGUAUCAGUAGGAGAAGCACAACCUGUCCCUACUGGACUCCCAGAUACCAGUAGAAAACGCGAUGCUCCUCAACCGGUUUCUCACCACCAUUUGCCGCACCCAGUAGUGGAUUUAGCACGAGUUCCGAAAGAUCAAAUCCGCAUAUGCAUCGCAGAAGACAAUCUUAUCAAUCAGAGGAUUGCUAUUAAGUUUGUGCACAAACUUGGAUAUACCAAGGUCGAUGCUUACGAAAAUGGGCUCAAAGCAGUGGAAGGUCUACGCCAGAAGGCUAAGGAGGGAAUACCUUACCACGUGGUCUUGAUGGAUGUUCAAAUGCCUGUACUUGACGGUUACGAAGCCACGAAACUUCUCAGGCAGGACCCCAUUGAAGAGGUGAGGAAGGUUUUGGUUAUUGCUAUGACAGCUUCCGCAAUACAAGGUGACCGAGAAAGGUGCUUGGCAUCAGGCAUGAAUGAUUAUCUCGCGAAACCAGUUAAAGCGGACUUGCUCAAGAGAAAGUUGGAUACAUAUACCACGGGAACCAUCCAGCCGCCAACACCACCCGCAAGGCACUCUUUAGACCCCAUUCUCUCGCAAGUAACCCCUCCUGAAUCUUCGGACAGCAACUCUACCCCAGUUCCUAGCCCGCCUGUGGUUAAUGAGCAUGACUUCACGACCGGUUCGCCACCCAUUGUCGUACCAAUCAGGGAGAGCAUAAGGCCUUUCCAACCGCCUAGUGGUACAUCCAGCGAGAUCACGUUGUCCGAUCAAGACUCCAUAGCUAGUCCUUCGAGUUCCUUCUUGCAUCAAGCGGCUAAACGCCAGCCACGUAAGUUGACUAAAGCUCGCAACAAUAGUGUAUCUGGCACUGCAUCCACUAGUAGCGAGAAACCAAGAGCAGUCUUGACCAAGAAGAAUCCACAUUCUAGUAAUUCAUCUUUACUAGAUAGCGACGCGGAUUACGAAACUUGAAACAUCCUAAAGCUAUGAGGAUACCUCUCAACCCCCGUUUACAACCAUUUGUCUCACUAUUCCGACUACCUCAUCAUCAGCAUGGACAAAA